ACGGUCCUUUCCCGACACGAGGUUUCCCAGUGCUGGCGAUUCCACCGCGUUGUUCCGUGAGAUGGUCCUCGAGGAUGUUCUGAGCUCGUCCCAACCUGGCCAACUCGACCAACUGGAUCCCCGUCGUUUCCUCUCGUCAUGCCCACGAAGAAUCUGGAGGCGGUGGACAUUCUGGAAGCCCUCGAAUCGAAGCUCGCGUACAUUCCAGGGGGGCGUGAUCCAGAAGGAAGACCUUUGAUAGUCGUCAACGUACCGUCAGAAUUACAACCCACUACAAAACCACGAUUGGAGUGUCUCUUUGCGUACUUCUUGUCAAUUUUUAGCGAGGAAACGAAGAGGAACGGGUUAGUCCUGAUCGUGGAUGCACGAAAGGGUGCGUGGCGUGUUGCGAGGUCGUGCAUAAGACUGUCGAUGAUGCUACUAGGACCAUCAGCUGCUUCUGUGGUCGUGGUGCGUCCUGAAGGUUUCUGGGACAAACGGGUCGACAGUUGCACGAGGUCCCAUAAAGAAGGAGAGCCGACGUACAUUACUCUAGGAAGGCUUCCGCUUCACGUUGAUUUUGCUCAACUGCCGUAUGAACUGGGUGGCAAUAAACUGUACGAUCACACGGAGUGGAUUCAGAACCGCGUGAAAGUAGAAGACUAUAACAAGGAUGCAUCGGAUCUUAUAGCAAGGAUGACAGACGUGCACCGAAGACUAACCUGUCUGAACGCGUUUCGGAUGUCUGAAUCGGACGAGGAUUUGGAGUCCUACUGGGAGAUGAGCACGAAAUUGACGUCUGUUGCCCGACACAUUCUUCAGUCAGGUAGAAAUUUAGUGACUUCGAUGAGCAGGGAUUCCGCGAAGGACGCUUUGGAUACUACAAAAGGAAUUCACGAACUCAUGGACUCUAUCGAAUUGAAGAAGAUGGACAUUGAAAAUUCGUGGUCAGAAAUGGAGAGGAACCUGGACACUGCCAGAGUAAUCGGUGAUCUCGAGAAGGGUGUGUCUCGUGUCACCGACUGGAUCCUUGGACCAGCUGACGCAAUGCUGAAUUCCUGUUGCCAGGUUGGGUUCGAUGUUUCCUCCUCGGAAGAGCUACGAAGGCGACACGAGGAAUUGGAAUUAGAGUGCAGGGAGACGUAUGGUCGAUACGCGGAAUUGCUCCACAAGAUCGACAGUUUGCCAAGCACACGAUUGUCAGAAGAUCUGAAAUCCCAGAGAGACUUCAUGGAUUUCGUGUGCAGGAGUUUCGCGUCUAGACUCGAGAGGCGACGGAAUGUCCUGAUCACCUCGCAAAGGUUCUUCAGACUGGUUUCCGAGUACUUCGACAAAACGAGCGACGUGUUCGAUAAACUGGUGAUGGGCAAUAGAACUCAUGAUUUUUCUCAGGCUGCUGGAUACCUUCUGAAGCUAGAACAAAGUCAGGCUAUUCUUGAAACGUUGGAGUGUGAAUUAGUGAAGGAAGGUGAAAAAUUGUCGGACAUACUGUCGAUGCCUGUGAAGGAUGCCCUCGGUCGUGACGUGCAAGUCGACUAUGGCGAAGACAUAGUGAACGUCAGAGAUAUUUUGGAUGCAACGAACGCUAGAAAGAAUAUCUUCAACGACAGCGUUGAAUUGCAGAAGCUGUCUCUGAAACAAAUCGCUUUGAUAUAUACCUACGAAAGCGACGCUGAACAGGCUGUCAAGUGGUUAAACGAUUUGUACGAUGUUCUUUUGAAGAACCACAUGGAAAUUGGUUGCAACGCGCUUGAAAUUCAGUUGCAGAAAGAGGAACAUCAAUCGUUUCAAGAAACUGCCAAGGGGACUUACGAUUAUGGCUGCCAAUUAGUGAACGGUGCUCGUGUGCUAAGAUUAUCCUGCAGGCUACCCCUAGAAAAUAACGCGACUCUCUUCUCGAGGCUGCGUCAGGCCUGGAAGCAGCUUCGAUCCGUUGGUCAAGAACAAUUGACUAGGUUGAGAGUGUGCGCAGUUUUCCACAGGAGCGUCGAAGAUGUACGCACGCACUGCAGCAAGUUAUGCGAUCUGAUCGAGUCAGUGGGCUGCCUGCGUCGAUCGUCGAAAGCGGAGGAUCUGGCGGCAGAGUCGCGAGCCAGGGCGGAGAUAAGGGACAUCUUGGGCAAUCGGGAGAAGCUUCUUCUGGAAGUGGGACGAAUGGUGCGGCUUGGUCGCCUGUUGAGGACCAGACUGAAAGAGCCCCUGUGCCAUCAACGAAUGUCUGAAGCCGAGGAUGCCUCGGGUAAAGUCAGUAACUUGACAGCGGUGGAGGCGAUCUCGGCGAGAUUGGCGGAAGUAACGCGGCUCGCCGAGAAGCUAGACGCCAGGCUCUGCGAGGCGGGAGCCAGGACUCGACCAGUUCCCAUGUCAUCAUCCGCGAUGUCCUCCACAUCGUCCUUGUUCUCCUCGUCGAGCGUCGUUACAGCGACAACGACUGCUCCCAGCCACUGCCAACCGAUUUCCGCCGCGAUUACGACGACAGGAGUCACCAACGGGUCGGUGAUACCAUUGAUAAGCUCGUCGACGACCACGGUCCAACUUCAGCCUAAAUCCAUCUCCACGAUUCUGUCUGCGCCGGUAUCCACGACCAAGGGCGCUGGAACCGCGAGUUUUUCGUCAGUGGCAGGUGUGGCGACAUCGACGCCAUCGGUAUCUGCGGACGAAACGAUUUCUACGAGCACUGUCGUUGAGAGAAUUCUAUCUCCAGUGUUGGAGGCUUCCAUAGGGCUCGGGGUGGAUGCUGCGAAGAAUGCUUGUGGAGGGGACAGCGAAACUCGCGAUGGUUCCAGUUCUGAGCGAAUCUUCAUUGAAGAGGGUGACAGACAGGAAGAAGACGUUAUGGAGGUGAUGGUAAGGUCAUGCGACAACAGCGUCGGGGACGACUCAAACAUCGAGGGCUACGUGACCGCUACCGAGUGCUCGACCCCGACAGGACGUUCCAGAAGCGCGUCUUUUGUUACUUCUCCAGAAUGCGAAGACCUUUCUGCUCCAGCGACCGUAACGUCCCCGCGCGAUGCUUGGUGGAACACCGAGGAUCCUAAAUUUAUCGCCACGAGCGCAGCGGUGUCCUCAUCUGUAAUUAAACAAGAAGAUGCCUCGAAGGUUCCAGGAAUAGCGGAAAAAACUGUACUGAUAGAGGUCUCGAAGCCGGAAGUUUGCAAGAUGAACGGGGAAAAGGAAAUUGAGAAAACUGUGUCUGUCGAGAAGAGGGUAGAGGAAAAAUCUGGAAAAAUCGUGAAGGAAGUGACGGAAACCACGACUCUGCGUGUAUCGCACGACACUCGAUUCGGGGUCACAUCUUACAAGGUGGUAUCCAACACUCUUCAGGAUCAUCGUGAGAACGUCGACAUUAAAGAAAUGAAGGAUAUCGAACGCGUUGUGUCGUCGGAUGCCCAUAGAAAAACGAACGGAGUACAUCACGAAACAGAACCCAGCUCGAAAACUGAGUCGUACAGUCGCAGGGAUGAGCUUUCGACAAAAACCGACGAUACUGAACGCAUGAUAAAGUUUACGAAGAUUUGCGAGCUGAAGGAAGAAGAGAAACCACGCGUAGAAGAGAAAUCCAUGGAUGCUUCGAAGGAUAUGACGUUAUCCUUGAAGGAGUAUACGCGCCACCACGAGGACAGCGGGAUCGAAAUGUCACCCACGAAGAAGGAGGACAGUAUAGAAGGGCAAGAUUUCCUCGAAAGAGCGAGGAAGAGGAGAAACACGAGAAUGGUGGACGGGCACGAUUCGAUGGAAACGAUGGAGAAUGGCGAGGGACCUCCUGAGAAGGAAUCACGAACAGUGGUGGUGUGCAACGAGAAUGCACCGCAACAAACCACCACUCCGACGACCACCAUAAGCACCAUAGCCGUGCAGAGCGGUGAAACGCGCCUGGUGAUCGCUCUACUUCAAAGCGGAGAAUGGCUGAGACUGAAAGUUCUGGAGGUCCAACCAGAAUUAACGAAGCUCGGUGGUUCGCUAGAAGAGGCUACCGAAUUCUCGAAUGCACACGACGAAGUUCUGCUUCGAUUACAGAGCAAACAGAGUCCAGUGGAGGAGCUGCUGCGGCAGGCUGAUCAGUUGAUUUCGAACCAAAGGCCAAGAGCGGAAGUGUACGCUGCGAUGGCGGAGACUUUGGGCCAGGCAUGGCGCGACGUGAACGAGCUUCUGGAACGCAGAAAACAGAUCCUUGACUCCAACGUGUUGUUUCAAUGUCGAGCGGAAGAAUGUCGUGAAAACAUGAGAGCCCUAGAAAUGGCUUGCAACGACACGCUGCUACCCAUUGAGAUCGAAGCGGUGAAAAAUUUCUUAUCGAAGAUCCACGAUCUUCGGAAGAACAUGCUGGAGGCACUGAUGGGCGCCUUGCAGGAGGGAAAGAAUUUGUUGGACAGAUUGAAGGAGAUCGCGAACGAAGGUACCUUGGACUCCAGGCCGGACAGGAUCAAACUGGAAGCUGAUCACGCCGUAUUAAAAGUUGAAAGAUGGUUGGAGGAGCUCCACGACAGAAGACGACUGAUCGAAACGUCGUUUCGUAGCAGAAAGACUCAAUUGGAACAAUGCCUGGCUCUGGCUCUGCUGGCGACGGAUCUACGCGAUCUCGAAGAGAUCCUGAACGACAGGAUUGCUGCUCUUUCGAGUACCUGCGAUCAGCUAGGAGAUUCCGCGUCCAGCGCGGAAAUACUCCUAUUCGAACUGAAAAAGUUGCAGGCCGAAGCGAAGGAGUUCCAAGACAGAUCGAUCAAGAUAACGAAGUCGACCGAACGAUUGGUGUCAUCGGGACACUUUGCCGGCGAGCAAGCGACAGAACAAGCUUAUGCCAUCCUCGGCGCCGCGGCUGAUUAUGUCAACGACUUGGAUCAGUAUGAGGCGUUGCUCAAUAGGGCCGUGACCUUCUUUGAUUCGGCGCGAUCGGCCCUCACGAAACUGGAUCAACUAGAGAUCCAGCUAGUGACGACGGAGCAUCCCCCAUUCUCGACAGGAUUAGCGCGUUUCCAUGCUCAAAUGGUCGCCACCAUAGAAGACGUAACCUCGAAACCAUUAGCGGAAGGAUACGCCCUCCUCGAUGUCACAGGAAGAGGAGCGCCUGGCGCCGAGGGUGUGAAACGGACGGUGGAGGAACUGGAGAACCGAAAGAUUCGCCUAAUGGAGCGAUGCACUGCUCACGAGAAAGAGAACCUCGAGAUAUCUAGAACCAUAAACACGUUUCUGGACAAACGCGACGAGCUACGAAAAUGGCUGUCGAGCAUCCCCGAGGCGUUUCUUCAGGGUCAUCAGGACAUGGGCAGUGACGUUCCCAUGGCAGAAGAUUUCUGUCGAUUGCAUCGUCAGCUACUAAACGACCUUGAGAGAAGAUCUGGCGAGGUCCGGAAUCUCGAGUUCGAGAUACUCCCUAUCAAAGAUCGACUGGAGGAGUCACAAAAGAUAGAAUUGCAGUCGAAGGUCGCCGACCUUGAGAAUUCUUGGUCGAAAACGAAGGACCUGGUAGCGACGAGAAUCGAUUUGGGAACGCUUUACUGCCAAUUUCACGUGGACGCCGAAAAAUUGACGAGGGAAAUUGAAUCCAUUGAAAAUGAACUGACGAGGCAUACGGAUGUCUUCGACGAGGUCAAAGUUGAGGAGCUAGAGAGACGAUGGAAGGACUUGCAGCCGCUUUAUGCGAAACUCUCUAGCAAUGGAAAGACAUUCCUGGACGCUGCUGUGAAGAUCGACGACCCCUAUCUCGACGUACACAGAGCCUGUUUGUGCGUUCAGACACUUUUGGAUAAGUUCGCUAAUAAGCAAUUGCAAUUGAAAAGAGUCACCAGCGAAAUUUUAAUGGAAAAACGCAUCGAGUACGAGCGAAAGAUUGAAGAAAGUACAAAGACAUUAGAGACAAUUACGACAUACAGCGAGCAACUGUAUCCAGUGAUAAGAACUCAGUCCUCCGAAACAAUGGACAUUCUCCAGGACUUACAAAGUUCGAAACUUCGCGUUCCGUUCGAGUUAAACAAAGCAGUGAAGGAAUUGGACUCUAGAAUUAGAAGCAUGAACACUUUGGGUCAGAAAGGAGACGCACAAGUUGCCGAAGAGAUCAUGAAGAGACUUCAACAGGCGCACUCGAAUAUGCGUACGACAGCUACUGACUAUGAAAUUCUCCUGGACUCGUUGAUAUCCAUUUUCCAGAACAUCGAAGAUAUCAAGCGCGAAAUCGAUCAGCUGAAGAUUCAGGCGGAGCGUGUAAUGUCCCUGAAGAGCAUACAUGAGGUGGAAACCGCAUCCAGCGAGCUAGACAUGAAAAAGAAGGUGAUCAACGAUCGAUUGGGUCAACUGAACGCAAAAACGGAAGAAGUAGUAGCUACGAUCAGGAAACAGGAACCACCAGAGGCUGCUGCUCAGGACAUUGAAAAAUUGAACCACGCAGCGUUGUUGGCGGUGAUCGAUUUUACUUUUUACGAGUGUCAGAUGAAGCAAAUCGAGGAGCAUCGACGAACCUGCGUGUUCGCGGAAGAUCUAGAGAGGAUCCACAGCGAGCUACACGACCUGAACGAACACCUGAGAUCGGUGGAUGCGAAGAUUGGCGAAAAUCUUCAGGUAGUCAGGAACGCUGCUGCUUCUUUCGUGCAGUUUGAGAAAACUGUCAAGAUUCUAGAGGAAAGGAUCGAGACAUUCAUAAAAACGACGGAGGAAUCCGUUUCCGUUCUAACGCCACAAAUUGCGAGUGACAUUUCCUCGUUGAGAGAAAGGUGGAGAAACCUUAGGGAGAAGGUAGAAGAAACGAAAAAACGUAUGAACCUGAGUGUGGACUAUUUCGUACUUUUGGAGGAAGCUAAAGACUGGAAUAGAACGGGUAGCAAAUUGUUGAUGGCGAUCGCGAGGAAAGCGACCAUGGUGAAAGCACCGAAAGACGCAACGGAGUUGCUUCAGGAAAUCGAAGAGUAUUUAAAACCGGGCGAAGAGAUGCAGGAGAAGAGGAUCGAGAAGUUGAAGCAACUGUCGACUAUUGUUUUCGGUACGGACAGACUGCCGCAAUUCAACGAGGUGAUUGUUGAGAAUCGUCAGAUGCUGGACUCGUUCGCCGUCGUUUCCUCGGAGUUGCGCACACUGGCGGAGAACUUGAGGAAUACCGAGGAUUUACGCGAGAAGCUACGAAUCGAGAAACAGGAAACAAACGAGCAGUUGCAGGCCGCCAAGGAAGUGAUGGCAGCUGCGGAAGCAGCCAGGCAGGAGGCUGAGAACGCUAGGAAAAUCGCUGAGAAACUCGCGGCAGAAACGUUGGAGAAGGCUACGAUGGAAGCAAAGAAGAUGAAAGAGGAGAGGGAAACCCAAAAGGUUUCUGCACCACCGUUGUGCUCGGUGUCUGCGCAGACUGAGAAGAUAGAAACUAUUAAAGACGGGAGUUUCGUCAAAGAAAGUGUCACUUCGUCCAUCACCACUAAAGAAAUACACAUUUUGCAAAAGACGGAGAUCGAGGAGACAGUUCCAGUGGUUCAACGCGAGCCAAGUCCAUUGAAGAAAGUCGCUACAAAAGACAUACACGAGCAAUCUUAUGAAACACUCCCGAAGGAAGAGGUUCUACCCUUAGCUCCAGAGUUCUCCAUCCCCCUGAACGAUGCCACGGUUCAAGAGGGCGAGAAGUUCACCUUUCAGUGUAACCUUAUCGGUCAUCCAUUGCCAGAAGUGGUUUGGUACAAGGAUGGAAUUUCAAUCCUAAAUAAUCCAGAUUAUUUGACCACUUACGUGCAAGGUUCUUGUACCCUGACGAUCGAGGAGACCUUUGCCGAGGACUCUGCCAAAUACACCUGCAGAGCGUUCAAUAUCGCUGGUUCGGCUGAAACAACUGCUACGUUGACUGUCAGUGAGACUGCACCGGAAGAACAACCGAGUCCACCAGUGUUUGUAAAAGAGUUGGUGCCAUCGGUGGUAACGGAAGGCGCAUCUCUUCGGAUGGACUGUGUCGUCGAGGGCAAUCCUCUGCCCACCGUACAGUGGUACAAGAACGACACUAAUAUCGACAAUUCGCCCGACUACGUCAUCACUUACAACAAUGGCGAAGCUGUUUUGAAGUUCGAUGAAGUGUUCCUGGAGGACAAAGCCACUUACACGUGCAAAGCCGCGAAUCGAUUGGGUCAAGCUUCUACUUCUGCUUCUCUGACUGUGGAAGCGGUGCCGAUUAGCCAGGAGAAACCACGUUUCGUGACACCCCUAUCGAACGCGAUGGGAAGGGCAGGCCAGAGGGUGAAACUCGAAUGCGAAGCAACAGGAACACCCAUGCCAACGAUGACCUGGUAUCACGAUGAAAGACCUGUCGAGGAGACCACGAAAUUAAAGAUCCAAACGGACAACGGUAGGAGCAGCUUGGUUAUCUCCGAGGCCUUCGCAAAGGAUGCUGGAUGCUACAUGGUGGCUGCCAGGAACGAUGCCGGCGAGGCCACGGUGUCCUGCAACGUCUCCGUGAAGGGACGUUUUCCUCAAGAUACCAGCGACUCAGAGCUCGCUUGCAGCGACAUGGAACCCGUGGUACCGAAGAUUCAGAUGCCCUUGAAGGACCACAAGGCCCAGGAGGGACGGACGGUUAGGCUGGACUGCGUGAUCGUAGGCCAACCUGAGCCUGAAGUAAUCUGGUACCACGACGAGCAACCGGUGAAGGAGUCAGCCGACUUCCAGCUGCUGUUCCAGGGUGACAAGUGCUCCCUGGUGAUCCACGAGGCCUUCCUGGACGACGCUGGUGUGUACAAAGUCGUCGCCAUUAAUUCUGGCGGCGAAGCGUCUAGUCAGUGCACAUUAACAGUGACGCCGGUCACCGUUACGGAUGAGCUGGAUAAAGCGCGACCGCCAGUGGAGGAAACGUUCGUACCUGGUUCACCACCGAAAUUUGUGAAGCUUCCGACAGACUCGCUGGUAGCAGAGGGCGAGAACGCCAUUUUCGAAUGCACGGUGACUGGCGAACCGAAACCAGAGUUGAGGUGGUUCUUGGACAAUGUGGAGAUCACUGCGAACGAAAGAAUCUUGAUCAAGCAGUCUGAAGAUGGAACAGGCAUACUGAAAAUUUCAUCAGCGAUCCCUGAGGACAGAGGCAAUUACGUGGUGAAGGCCAUCAACGUCCACGGAGAAGCGAAGGCUUUCGCCAGGCUGGUCGUGAGAUCCUUAGGCGAUUUCAGAGGAAAGGAGGAAUUCAUACAGAUGGAGGAGAAACUGAUUGCACCUACGUUUAAGGAAAGAUUCGAGGACAGAAGUGUUCUUGAUGGUGUCUCCACGAAAUUCGAAUGCAUCGUUGUUGGAAAACCAUCUCCAAAGAUCCAAUGGCUGUUUAACGACCGUCCCGUUCAUGGAAAGGACUUCUUGGUGUCGGUCAGCGGGGAUAGGCAGGUGUUGACGAUUCCAGAGACAGAAAGCACGCAUGUCGGUACGAUUUCCUGCGUGGCGGAGAACGCUGCUGGCAAAGCUACCUGCAGUGCUCGUUUAGAGAUCGGUGGCUGGCCAAGGGAGAAGGAAAAUAAGGCUGCAGCGGUUGCAGAGGCUGAGAGGGUGUUCGAGCUAGUCGAGAGAUUGCCCAGCGACGAAAUGCACGCGUCGAGCAGCAGCGACAAGCACUUCUCCGCGGAGAAGACGUCCGCGACAGGGGCUGAGAACGAAGUGCUGACCAAGAUGUCGCAGAUCAUCACAGAGUCCUCCACCACGCACACCACCACGAAGAAGGAGUUCGUCUCGUCGAUGAUGUCCUCUAGCACGACGAAAUCUGGACAGGAACCGACCAGCGUUUGCGUGAAGACCACUGUGCACAGCACUGAGCAAGCGUCAUCGGAGAACGGGGCACCUCCUGUUGUGCAGUCGUACAAAGUGGAAGAACAUGAGAAGAUCAUACAGGACCAGCCAGGUGAAAUUCGACAAGAGAAGACAGUUGUUGUAUCUCAAGAUGAAGAAGGAAUCAAACGAGACAUCAAGGCUGCGCAGAUACCAAAACCAACCAGGAAAUCGACGGCACCAAGAUUCGUCUCACCGAUCACAGGGAUGAUCGUAGAUCAGGAUAGCGACAUCGUCCUUGAAGGAAUCAUUGACGGUUUUCCUCAGCCUUCGAUUACCUGGUCGAAAAAUGGACAAGAGUUAAAGACAAAAGAUGGCAUGAGUAUAAGUUACGCGCACAAUCACGUCCGCCUGGAACUGAAGAAAGUCAAUGUCAAGGACGCAGGAAGGUACACAUGCACAGCGAGCAACGAAGUUGGAUCCGCCAGUAGCACAGCUGAUCUUGUUGUCAAAAAAACAAUAUUCCCACCGGUGUUCGGUAGAAGGCUCCAGGCUCAAGUCGUGAAACGCGGAGACCGCGUUAACAUGGAAGUGGAAAUCACAGGAACCCCGGAACCGACCGUUACUUGGUUCAAGGACGACAUCCCGAUCAAAGACCGUCCACCUGAACUGAGAAUUAAGCAGCAAGGAAACUGUUACAUGCUGAUCAUUGACAAAGCUAACAAGGAACAUGCUGGAAAGUACAUGGUUCGGGCAACGAACGCUGGUGGAGAGGCGCAAAGCAUAGCCGACUUUGCUGUUUUCGAGCCAACGCCAGACACCAUGGUCGAGGUUCACAAAACUGUCAUCUACGAGAACACGCAGGACAAGAAAAUCCUUCAGUCCGAGAAAGAGAAGGGGGAAGACUCUUCCAUGAAACAGACAAGCGAACUGUUAUCCACGAAAACGAUCCAACCGAGCACUAUAAUAAAACCACCUCCGAGCGUCACAUCCUCAUCGAUGUCUCAAAUUAGCCGCACGGUGGAGAAGAUCGGAGAACCGGAAAUGCAGAUGUCUCGAUCGGAAACCAUUUCAUCAACCGUCGAGUCUCAUCAGAUGGAGACUAAAUCCGAGCAAAAGUUCCACAUGAAGCUAGAACACAAGACACCACCAGUGAUAGAGCCGAAGAAGGAAGUAAAGACCAUGAUGAAGGAGGUGAUUCGCGAAGAAAAGAAAAUCCUUGAGCCAGAGGCCACAGUUUUCGAAGAGAAAACCACCAUCGAGAACGAGAACGUAGAGACAUCGACGAUAGCUAAGAAAGACGCUCUAAGCUUCUUCGAGUCUAUGACGAAAGAGACGGAGACCUCGCCUAAACGGCCCAAAGAGAUGAUUAAAUUGGUUGACGAUACAGACGGUCACGAAGUGAAGGUUGGAAAGCUGACGAAGAAUUACGAGCGAUCGACCACGUUUCAGGAAGUCAAGAAACCUGAACCCAGGCCCAUGGAAGCCCAAACCACGAAGAAGGCCGUUCACGAGAUUUUCACGAAGCUGGAGCAAGGAACCGGUCCAUCUCGAGGCGUCGAUAAUAAGCUAUUCGACUUCCCUUACGAGUCCUACAAACCGUCUCCAGUGGAGACGAAGAAGACAGUCGUGGAGGAAACGAUCACUUCAGGCUCGUCUUCGCGUCAGGAGUCCAUGAUGAUGUCCACCAAGAUGGAGUCUCGAUCGGAAAGCUCAGAGGUACUCAUGGGCGGUUUCAACCUGUUACCCGAACCACCCCCAGAGAUUGGUUACAUGCCCAAGCCGGAAGAAAUAAAAAAAAAACGCCCUGACGUGUCCAUCAAGGCAAAACAACUCCAGGAAUCCUUCGAGAAGACCCUGUCCCCCAUCGAUGCGCCAAUUGGCGGUGUAAAGAUUUUCCCCUCACCCUCUCCUCGUGUUAUAGAACCCCCGAAAUUCACCGAAGCACCAAAAUUGACGCCGUCGUUUUCAAUGCCACCACCUCCCUUCCAACUCGAAAAGAAAGAGAUAAUCGAAGAGGUGUGCGUUAAGAGAGACAUCCACGAGAAGAAGGACAAAGACUUGCCAUCGUUGAGACCAAUUUCUCCCAGUAGACCGUGGUCUUCGUCUUCAGACGUCGAGACGAGGUCUCACAUAUCCACCGAUCUCUCGGAGUACAGGUGUCAUUCCGCCGCCUCCAGUCAUCAGGAAACCUUGAGAUCCACUUCACCAAGACCAUCAGCAGACGGCCUGGCGAUGGAAAAAUCCUGGGCGAAAAAAUGCGCCGAUUCCACCAGGAAAUCGUGGCCUCCGCAGGAAGAGCCUGUUACGAAAUUCAAACACGAGUGGCAAACACCUGCCGAGGAAUACAAAACAUCUUCCAAAGAGUUCAAACGCGAAGUGGAGGAGUUGCCCGAGGGUGGGAUGAAGAAGACCAGCAGCGAGUCGUCGAGCACAAUGGAAAGACGUUCCUGGAGCACGAAACAGGAAGCGACGGAAAGAUUCAUGAAGAGAGCUCCGUCGCCACCGAGGACUCAACCGAUCAUCUACAAUGCUGAGACCAUCAAGGUGGAUCACACCGUGAACAAGAUCGAGGAGAAAUCGUUAUACGAGAAGUACAGCAGCGAGUGCGACGUGAAGAAGUCGGAAGUGUCGGAGAAGAUCGAGCAGUUCAACUCGAAGAGUCGUUGGACUGGCACGGAGGAUUUGAAGGCUCCCGGUCUAGUCAGAAGCGUCGAGUCGCCGAAGAAACCUGUUGUUCAAUUGUAUCACUUGGCCGAACCGGCGCUGAUGGUUGAUCAGAUCAUACUGGAACCAGGCCCACCGCCGGAAAUUGGUUACAUCCCAGGGCCAGUUGUCAGGGAGAAGAAGGUCGACAUGGUGGAAAAGCAGAUGGAGGUGUCUCUGGAGCAGCAUCAGCCAACUAAAAUUCCUCCAGGUGGCAUCAGAACUAUACCUGCAUCGCCUAAAAGGGAGGAACCUCCGGCGCUACCACCGAAGGAUGUUCGAAUGACUCCUCCACCUCUACCAGCAAAGACUUCAGCUCCUAUAGAACCCUUGGAACCUUUCCCAUUCAAGCCUUCUCCAGCGCCAGCUGUUACAAAAACACCAAAGGUACCUCCUCCGCCGACACCUACUAAAUUUGUUAAAGGAUCAUUCGCCAUGGAAAGCGACUACGAGUCAGACAUGGACAGUCACUUGAAAUCAAAAUGGAGGCCCUACGAGAGCGACAACGAAGAACCCCGUUAUCGAAGGGUCCAACCUCCUGUGCCUAAACAACCCACCAGACCAAGGUCUACGGAGCCUGAACCUCUUCCUCCUUCUAAAUUCGAGGUCCCUCCGGAAUCUGGAGGGCUAUCCAGGCCACUGAUCGCGAGAGAACAGCAGGAGAAAAUUUGUAAGAAGGUCACUACCGUGAAGAGGCAGGAGAAGGAAGUGAAACAGCAGCAGAAGUACCCAGUCAUUCAGCCAGCUCCAAUAGAGUUGAAACCUGGAUCUCCUCCGAUUUACGUUCAACCAACCGCGAAGAGUCCAACGCCGAAGAGUCCACCAGCCAAGAAACCAGAGUCUCCGAAAUUCAAGGUGAAGAUGUUCCAGCAGGAGAGCGGUUAUAUGGCAGAUACCGACGAGCCUUUCCAACAGAAAAGUUCGAUGUCGUCCAUGCAGAAGAGUUUUGGUAAACACGAGUCCUCUUCGUCAACGUCUCACAUGGAGUCGCGUUCUUCUUACUCGGAGAGUCGAUCGGAGUUCUUCGAGAGCAAGAGCUACGAGAGCCGUCAGCAGCAGCAGCAGCAGCAGAAAAUGGAAUCCUUUUCUCCGUCUGUGACGCCAGUCGCGAAGCAACCGCCUCAGCAACGAAGCACCGUUGUGGAGAAGAGUUAUUCUUCUUCCACGGGCACCUGCCCAUCGAGAUUCAUGUCUGCGAAGGAAACUGUUUACACCACGGAUCAAUCGCAAAAGAAAUUCGAGACAGCGAAGAAGAUCCUGCCGCCCUCUCCGAGUCCUUCCAGAUUCGUGAAGUCCGAAUUUCGCGAAAGCGACUACGAGAGCGACUACGACGGCAGAAUACCGCCCCUUUGGAAACCGCGAGGUUACGAAAGCGACGAUCAGUCUUUCAGACCCGUGAAACCCCAUCUCGCUGGUCCAGGAAAGCCGAAGGAGCCGCCGGCGCCGCUGAUCGAAGAGAUCUCGACACACGGCCAGAAAACGAAGGAGCUCGAGAAGAAGGUGGAAAAGACGAUCACCACCCCGACGAAACCCAAAACGGUUCUUCUACCUGGUUCGCCGCCUGAAAUGGCGUACGCACCACCGCAGCCCAGGCCGACCUAUUACGAGGCUCGCGCAGGCCCACCUUUACAUAACGCCAUCGGCACGGAGACCAAGAAGACGGUCAGGAUGGACGAAUCCACGGAGAACAGCCGAAGAGUGGUCACGGUGGAGCAGACCAGUCGGGUGAUCAAGUUCGGAGACGGUCAGAAAACACCUGCUGACUUCGCCAGCUUCGACACCCAGAAGCCGAAGCUUCAGGAUCACUUCAAGGUCCCCAUGCCGAAGAAGUUCGUGCAGGGUCAGUUCAGGGAGUCUGACUACGAGAGCGACAUCGACACCAGGAUCAGACCGAAGUGGACUCCUUCCGACAGCGACAAGGAGGAGCCUAGGUACAGAAAGGUUCAGCCACCCUCUGCCAAGUCGCCCAGGUCCUCCAGCGCGCCUGUCAGACAAGAACACGUGGUGUCGCCGAUGGAGUUCGACACUGGGCCUCCAGCGCUGAGGAAACAGACCUCAAUGACGCAGCUGAGGGAUGAAAGUAGAACGAGAAAGAUCGAUACUCGGGCGAAAGUGCAGAGGGAUUUCACGUCCAAGAGGGACGAAACGCUGAAGCCUGGCUCGCCGCCUGAGUUCGGAUACGUUUCCAGGACCGACGUGAGGAAAGCUGCCAAUAACGUCGCGUCGCGUCACAUGACCGACAUGACCAGCAGCUUCAAGUCGAAAACCGAGAGAUUCGUCAACGACAUCCAGUCGGAUCUGAAGCAGGGCAAGCCGAUCCUGAAGCAUCCAACUGACAAUCGAGCCAGCGACGGCGACGAGCCACGAACAUACAGAGAGGAAUCUCGACUCUCGGAACACGGAACGAAGCAAAUCGAUCCAGACACCGGACUGAUAUACUUCAAGUACGACUUCGGCUACGAGUUCGGGAUCGUGUUGCCCGGCGAGGGAAAGAAGACGGUGACCAGCACUAACAGGACCAUCCAAGGUCAGAGACGCGCCAGUGACAUCGAGGUGCCUAUAGUUCACGAGUUCACCACGAGAAAAGAGAACGGUUUCGCGAAGAGGGCCAACACGGCUUCGUCAGGUCGACAGGGGAAACCUGCCAGCAAAUUCGGCACGUCGAAGACCGUCAAGUGGGAGCCCACGUCGGAGAGCGAGUUCUCCGAAGCGGAGGACAUCAGAAACGCCAGGAAAAGGCAUCCUGACGGUGGAAACACGAUGGCCCCGCCUAGCCUUGUCAUACCAUGCUCACCAUCGCCAUCCAGAUGGGAUCACACGACGCCCAGUCCGCUUUCCCUGAGUCCAAGCUUACCGAGUCUCUCCCCAAGAUACAGUAGUGCCACUGGACCACCCAGCAACGUCGAUUCCGCAGGAUCACCGUGGCCAACCACCAAUGGAGUGGCCUCGAGCAAAGAAGUGAUUCAGCCUUACCUCGAAAUACUACCGAAGAAGGCUCCACUUUUUAUCACGCCACUGAGGGACAUCGCGGUGGUGAGUGGACAAACAGCAAGAUUCGAGUGCAUUGUUCAAGCUGAGCCGCAGCCGAACAUCCUUUGGUCCAAGGACGGUCGUAUCGUUGAAAAUUCAUCAAGCUAUGAAAUCCAUUAUCGGAACGGCGUUUGUCGUCUAACCAUCGUGCGAGCCUUUCCUGAGGACGCUGGCACAUACGCGUGCACAGCAACGAAUAGCUUAGGUUCGACAGUGACUUCUGCCACUUUGGAGGUGCCAGGUAACAGACGAUCAGUAUACGCGCCUAUUUAAUAAUGGUCGAGAGGGGAUUUAAUAAAAAAAAAAAAAAAAACAACGCAAUCUAAUACGAAGGUGGUGGAACAUUGGGGGCCUCUUAACUUCGAUCGGCCGUAAUCACGCAUUCGCAUUCACUUUGUGUCAUUGAUCUUUUGUCUAUCACGAAAAUCAAAAUGAAAACUAAACAACGAAUACAUUUCAAUUGAUAUUGUUAAGAAAAACUUCGAUAA